CAAACAUGGCGGCGUACUGUGGGCUACAGAAGUGUGGUCGUUAAACGCGACGUAUAGCAGCGACGUUUAAACCUGGACUGUCGCAGGUUUCUGCGAGCUAGUUUAUAAAUUUAUAGCGACAGCGAAAGAUGGGGUUCGAGCGGCUGCUGGGGUGUUACUCCAGACAUUUUCGGUUCGGUAACGUUCAGUUAAACCCGCUUCGAAACACGUCGGUGUCGGCAAAGACUUCGCCUAUCACCAGAGCAUCCCCCCGGGUUGGCGCUUCUUCUGGACUGUUCAGCGGGCUAUUUGUGCACACAGGCCACCAGCUGGCCAAACCUCGCAGCCUCUGCACCUCCGCUCAACCACCUAGAGAUGUCACCUUGUUCGAGCACGACAGGACCCGCUUCUUCCGGCUUCUCUCGGUCUUCUGCGGCGGACAGUUCGUCUUCUGGACGUACCUGGCUCAUUUCGCCUACACGGGGCUCAAAGACACAAGCGGCUCAAAAGAGAUUACGAAAACCAAGGCCCCCACCACCACCACCACCACCACGACCACGGGACUGGCCGGGAUGUGGAGUUUUGAGAUGAACCUGGGCUCAAACACCUGGAGGUAUGGCUUCACGCUGGGAUGCCUGGCAAUAGGAGCAGGGAUUGUCGGACUCGGGGCUCUGUUCUGCCGGCGCUCUGUCAGCAAGGUGGUGUUACACCAAGGUGGGAGGAUGGUGACAGUCUGCACACAGUCACCUCUGGGAUCAGGCCAAGGUCGGAGAAUAACAGUCCCUCUGUCACAGGUGGCCUGUCACGCCCACAGACAGGAGACCACUUCGUUUAUUCCUCUCAGGGUCAAAGGUCACAAGUUCUACUUUCUCCUGGACAAAGAGGGGACUGUGAACAACGCCCGGCUGUUUGAUAUCACUGUAGGUGCCUACAGGCCAGUUUAAACACAGUUGUCACACCUGAAACAGCAGUCUACAGGUGUGUCUUUUUUUUUUUUUUUUUUAAACAUGGCUGCCAAAAUAAUGUAUCA